AUGCUUAUAAUCGGUCUUACCGGCUCUAUAGCCACAGGCAAAUCAACCGUCUCCUCCAUUCUCUCCUCGCCUCCAUACUCCGUCCCCAUAAUCGACGCCGACCUCCUCGCGCGUAAGGUCGUCGAGCCAGGCACAGCAGGCUACAAAGCUAUCGUGAGCUACUUCGGCCCCAACACACCCGAUCUUCUCCUCGAUGAUCCAUCUACCUCAACAUCACAAGGCCAGCCACUCAACAGGCCAGCUCUCGGUCGCCGCAUAUUCGGCGACACAGAAGAACGCAAACGCGACCGCCAAAUUCUGAAUGGCAUCAUCCACCCAGCCGUGCGGUGGGAAAUAUACAAAGCACUGAUAUACAACUACGUACGAGGGAAAUGGGCCGUCGUGCUAGAUGUACCCCUCCUCUUCGAAAGCGGCAUGGAUCUCAUCUGCGGAACUGUCGUCGUGGUUGGGGUCCACGAUCCGGCUGUUCAGAUGGCACGACUUCGCGCCCGGGAUGCGCAUCUUACAGCCGAGGACGCGGAGAACAGGGUUCGUAGCCAGAGCGAUGUACAUGGUAAAGCUGUUCAGGCUGAGUUCCGUGGUACGACUAGUGCGCGCGGCGUGGUGGUUUGGAAUGAUACUGAUAGGUCAGAGCUGGAGCUUGCUCUAAAGCAAGCUAUGGAGAGCAUCUCGGCCUCAAGUCCUAGGUGGUGGGCUUGGGCUUUGUUAGUUGCGCCGCCGGUGGGCUUUGGAGUUGCGGCGUGGAAUUUGAUAGUCAAUUUUGCGACGAAGAGGGAGUGGGAGAAGAAGAAGAGGGAGGAAAAGGCACGGUUAUGA